GAGAGCAGCUAUGCCUUCUCGCUGACGCACUGCAGCCACACGGCAUGGAACCGGCACUGCCGGCUGGUGCAGGAGGGCAAGGACUGCGUGCAGGGCCUGCGGCUGCGGCACCACUACAUGCUGUGCGGGGCCCUGUUGCGCGUGUGGGGCCGCAUCGCCGCUGUCAUGGCCGACGUCACCAGCAGCAGCUACCUGCAGAUCGUGCGCCUCAAGACCAAGGACAAGAAGAAGCAAGUUGGCAUCAAGAUCCCCGAGGGCUGCGUGCGCCGCGUGCUGCAGGAGCUGCAGCUCAUGGAUGCCGACGUCAAGCGCAAGCACGCGCGGGGCCCGGGCUUCCCCGCGCUGCCCCCCGCCCUGCGCCCGCUGGAGCUGCCCUGCGGCCCCGGCGAGGUCCUGGACCUCACCUACAGCCCGCCAGCCCGGGCCUUCCCGCAGCCCUCGCCCUUCGC